GGCCGACUGACACUCUACCCUUCUCAUAUUGCUGCCAACAUGAGCUUAUCAUCUCUUUUGCUGCAUAAAGGCAAAGAUGCAGCCAUUGACAAAGGCCUGGACAACAUCUUUCAGUCGACCACAGGAUUGUCGACGUCAGCUAGCAGUCAACCAAAUGCAUCACUACAACGGGAGUCACCAAAACUGGAUAAAAAGCGUAAAUCGCGAGAGGCUGCGCAUGCACCUGUUGACAAGCGAGAAAAGUCGAAAAGGCGGAAGACCCGCAAAGUGGCCGAUGAAGAUUCUCAAGAGAACCCACCGGAAGAUCAGCAGGAAGAACAUUCGUCCACGAGCAAGCCCUCCACGAGUGCGGCAAGCAAGGCACGAAGGGUACGGCCAGAAACUGCGGGAUCGGAUGAGGAUUCAGACGACAGCGAAAAACCAGCCUUUAAGAGUACGUCAAAUCCGGCGCAACAACACGAAAGUUCAGACGGCGACUCGGACGAUGAAGGACACUCAUCAGAACUCGUGCAUGAAUCACUUGCAAAGGGCUCCAGGACAAGGAGCUUGAACGGGCGCAGAGCAAAAACGAAGUACGUUCCUCUAGAAGAAACGUCGGAGCAAAGAAACGCACGGACGAUCUUCGUCGGUAAUGUGCCGGUAGACGUGGUCAAAUCGAGACCUCUUCAAAAGCAGUUCAAGCGGCAUAUUCUGUCAUUUGUGUCCUCCGCCAAGAUUGAGUCUCUGCGCUUCCGCUCUGUCGCAUUUCAAAGCCCUACCGCCGAGUUGCCAACCCUGGAUGACAACACAAAGGGUGAGAAGGGCAAGGGAAAAGCCACAUUCGGCAAGGAGAAGGAGGGGAGGCAGCACGAUCGCGAGCGUGCGGCAUCCUGGCGAGUCGCUCGGGGCCAGGAGGACGCAGAGGAGGAACGGUCUAAGAAAACAUUCCUGACGCCAAAAGAGAAGAAGCGUAUCGCGUUUAUCAAGCAUGAGAUACACUCCGCUGCCGAUGCCGUUAACGCAUUUGUCGUAUUUGCUCAUCCACCUCCCCCGGUGGCGGAUGGCAAGCAUGCGGUGACUUCGCACAACGCGAUCAUAGACCCGUACGAGGCGGCGCGGCUUGCAGUGGAGCGGGGCGAUGGGAGUGUUUUCAUGGCGCAUACGAUUAGGGUGGACAGGGUGGGCAAGGGCGACGAGGUGGGCAAUUCGGCUGUGGUAGCAGACCCGAAGGCGACCGUGUUUGUGGGUAAUCUGGAUUUCGCGAGUAAUGAGGAGGAUUUGAGGGCGUUUUUCGAGGCGUUGGCAAUGGAAGAGAGGGGUCCACCGGAGGAAAGGGAGAAUGAGGAGAGUGAAGACGAGGAGGGAGACGAGGACGAAGGGAACGCCGUGAAGCCUCGGACGUGGGUGAAGCGGGUGCGCAUCAUCCGGGAUAAGGAUACGCAGCUCGGGAAAGGCUUUGCAUAUGUGCAGUUUGCGGACCGAGAAUGCGUAGACGAAAUCCUCGCGCUGGAUGAGACGCGGCUCAAGUUCGCGAAGCGUAAGCUGCGUGUACAGCGGUGCAAGACUGUCCCAGGUAGUGUGAAAAUUACACCCAAACACUCCAGAUCUGCUGUCUCCUCUUCGUCCUCAGCCCACCUCAAGCACCCUUCCGUUCCUUUCACACCAUCUUCACUACCAAAAGGUGACCCCAGCCUCGGCACAAAGAUCUCACACCUACCAAAGGAAGAGCGCAAGAAGGUCAAGGCUGCGGACGCGGAGCGCGUCGCACGCCGGCUCGCGAAGAAGCAGGCGAAGCUGCUUGCGGAGAAGGGUGUGAAGAUGCGGGCGGGGAAGGAGCGAAUGAGGGAGCGGAGGAGGCCGACGGAGAGGAAGGACAAGGCGAGCGGGAAGGAGAAGAGCAAGAGCAAGGGGAGGAUCAGGAGUGGAAAGUCGAUUGCAAGGAUGAACACAAAGAAGUAGUAGAUGCCUUUACUAGACUGUCUCGGGCUUAACGCUGAAUGGG